UCCUCACCCUAUUGUACUGAUGUUGGACGAGCUCUUGGAUGCCCCAUCUUCCACGUGAAUGCUGAUGAUCCAGAAGCGGUGAUGCAUGACGAGCUGACGAAAUACGGACAAAUUCUCGAGGAAGCUUACGAAAAUGCGCAAAAAGUGACAUAUGUGCGCAACCGCGACUGGCUCGACUCGCCUUGGGAUGACUUCUUCAAGCGUCGUGAUCCUCUCAAGGUAACAUAUUUUCUCGGUAGUGUAUAG